AUGCCCCGCAUCGAGCACGAGUAUCACCCUCUCCUCCCCGACACAGAUGACUCUCGCAAGGAAGAUUCGACCUCGACGCUAGACUUGGAUGAAAGGCAGAAAUCCGUCCAUACUUCAGCCCGCCCCGCCUCCCCCGUGCUCCGCUGGGCCGUCGUGGCAGUCCUGCUCGUUGCGCUCACAGACCUUAUCGGGAUCGCCUACAUCGCGCACGCCUUCAGGUCCGUCUUCCAGCCAACCGACUACACCUCCAAGCUCGAGUUCGCGGAUCCGUACGUGGGCCUGAAGGAGCUCUACUCGAGUGGUCGCAUCAAGUCGACCCCUAUCGACCCGAUCCUCGUGCGCCCACGCAUGUCGGCGCAGGUGUUCGUCGACGAGCCCGACCGACUUGCGCCUCGCGGGGAGCGCGACUACUGGUCGGAGCAGUACGGGCGGCUGAGCCCCCACGAGCGGAGGCUGUAUGUGACCCCGACGGUGCGUCCUGUUCCUGAUGAGCUGGUGCUGUCUCUGAUGCUCAAACGUGCGGAAAAGACGCACACUAUCGUGCAGCUGCGCGCGAUCGACUUCGGGAUGGAAGAGUGCGAGCUGGUGAUCACCCUCCCGGCACCGUCGGAGGCGCUCGAGCGCGGCGCGUUCUUCAACAUGACCGCCGCUUCGCGCCUGGAUGUGUUCCGCCUCCGCAUGGAUGGCUCGCGUGGUGUCGACGUGAAGAAGCUGUCGUAUCGCUCGAAGCCCCCGGUCGUGGAGCAGGUCGCUGUCGCCCUCGAGGUCACCCCGGGAGGAAACACGGCGGUGCAUCGGUUCGCGUGCCCGACGGCGUCGCUGCAUGUCUUCGAGUUCGCGUGCGCGAAGGGGACGGAGUGCAUGUUGGAUACGUGGUCGAGUCAGAACACUACUUUCGGUGUGAAUAUGUACCAGCACCAGACGAUAUAA